AUGGGCGGGCUGGCGGAUCCCAAGCGGCUGCGGAAGCUCUAUGAACACUGGCACGAAGCGUCGAAAACCGGUGCCCGCCCCGCCGACGACCUCGACCUGGACGGCUCCGAUACGCAAUUUUCGGGGUAUAGCGCCAUACACUUGACCGUGAAAGUGCCCGAGCGGCUGCGGCCGCGGGACCUAACACCGCAAGCGGAGGCCAUCUGGGCGGGGCGCGUGGUAGAGAUCCAAGCCGGCACCGUCAUUAUGCACGCCUGGGCCGAGAUCGAGCACGACAUCACCUACAAAUCGCACGGGCGCGGGGUGCCUUCGGACGAGAAGGCCAUGCUGGAUAUGCUCAACGGGCUCGCCCUCGCUAGCGAGGUGGGCAUGCGGAGUUUCAAGUCGCCGUCUAUGUCGGAGUCGCCAGCCACCCGGUCAGAGGAGGAGGUGCGCAGCUGGUUGCACCAGUUCUACAUCAAGGAAAAUCGCAGCACGCCGAGCGAGUGGGUCGACGUGGAUCUCCUCCGGGGCUACCUCAAGGACCACAAAAACCAGCGAAACGAAUUCUUAAAUCUCGCAAAAGAGGCCUGGUCGAUGCUGGAAGGGCAUGAAAGCAGGAUGGGCCUCAAGUUGGACCACUUCCUCCCUCGCGUCAUCAUGCACAACAACCAAAUGACUUAUGAAGUGCUUAAUGACUUAAUAGAGGCGGCCUGCCGCGGCGUCGGCCUGCUGCAGGCUGCAUACGACGGGCAGGAGGCAGUCGUUAGGCUGCUGCUGGAGAAGGGAGUUGAUAAAGAGUCGAAGGGAGUUGGUAAAGAGUCGAAGGGAGUUGACAACGAGUCGAAGGGGGUUGACAAAAAGUCGAAAGGAGUUGAUAUAGAGUCGAAGGACAGCGACGGCGACACGCCGCUAUCGCUGGCCGCGAUCAGGGGGCACGAGGCGGUUGUCAGGCUGCUGCUCGAAAAUGGUGCGGACCAGGAAGCGAGAAACAGGAACGGCAGCACGCCGCUGCUGUGGGCCGCCGCAAGGGGACGUGAAGCGGUCGUCAGGCUCCUGCUCGAAAAUGGCGCCAGCUGGGAGGCAAAGGACAACGACGGUAACACAGCACUAUCGUGGGCGGCGAGGCAGGGCCACGAGGCGGUCGAGCAGCUGCUGCGUGACAAGGCCGCUGCUGAGCGCACGUCGGCAGAUGACGAUCUCAACCCGACGCCGCCGUCGUCAGCCACCAAAGGCGAUCAGGAUUCCGGUGCGGGGCUACUGCUCAACAAGGGCAUGCGAAUCGAACCGGCCAGCGCGGAUAGCAUGCGGCCGCCAUCGCCAGUCGCCGCUGAGAAAACGCGCCAGGCUGUCGUGCGUCUACUGCUCGAAAAAGGCGCAGACACCGAGUCGGCAGGCAGGUCUGAAAAGACGCCGCUGCUACUCGCCGCCGAGGAGGGGGACGAGGCCGCCGUUAAGCGGCUACUCGAUGCAGGCAACGUCGACGUUGAUUCGAAAAACCAGUACGGGUCUACCCCGCUGUCGCGGGCUGCAGGAUUUGGGCGCGGAGCCGUCGUUAAGCUGCUGCUUGGUACAGGCAAAGUCGAGAUCGAUUCGAAAAACCAAUACGGGUUUACGCUGUUAGCACGAGCUGCUUAUAACGGGCACGAAACCGUUGUUAGACAGCUGCUCGACACAGGCAAAGUCGACGUCGAUUCGAAAAACCAGGACGGGGGGACGCCGUUGUCGUGGGCUGCGGAAAUGGGCCACGAAGCUAUCGUUGAAUUGCUGCUUAAUACAAGCAACGUCGACGUCGAUUUGAAAAACCGGUACGGGUUUACGCCGUUAUCGAGGGCUGCAGGAAACGGGCACGAGGCCGUCGUUAAGCGGCUGCUUGAUACAGUGCAACAUAAGAUACAAGCUCCUGAGGCUGUCGAUGUUGGGAAUCGGGAUCGGACUCGGGAGCUCUCUCGCCGCGGUGCGCGUCCCGAAACCUGCCUGCCGCGACCGAGUGCGGGCGGUGCUGGGAAUGGAUUCUACGACCAGGAGAAGCUCAUAGGCUGCUGUGAUCCGCUGGUCAAACCACCCCCAUCAUCAUCACCUUCGUCGUCGCCAUCGUCUGUAGAAUCAUUGCCACCACCAUCUGAGCCCCCAAAGUACGCGCCAGUCGCUGCCCAAAAAGCCGGACCGACCGUGUCAGCAACGGACAAGCACACAGGCCCUGCUCCGUUCGCCGCCUACCUCUGCGGCUGGGCCUACGUCGUCGGCGACAUCACUGUCACGCUCGCCGUGCAGUUCGGCACCACCGUCUUCUUCGCUGCCUGCACCAACAUGUUCCAGACCGAGGCCGCCGACCCCAUCUGGCGAGGGACCACCUACCGGGUCUUUUUGGUCUUCCUGGGCGUGGCGCUACGUUGCAGCGCCAUCUCAAUCUUUUGGCAACCGUUGCCAUCUUGUGCGGCGUCGCCUGCACCACGGCCGCGUCGCGCUGCACCUGGGCCUUUGCCCGCGACGGUGCCAUCCCGGGCGCCCGAUGGUGGAGCAAGGUCCGUCCACCCUACGCUUGACCUGCCUCUCAAUGCUAUGAAGCUGUCCAUGGUCAUCCAGAUCGCCCUGGGGCUCAUCUGGUUCGGGUCGCCCGUAGUCUUCAACGCUCUCUCGGGCGUUGGCGUCAUCUCGCUGACCCUGGCGUACGCCAUGGCCAUUGUCGCCGCUGUGAUCGGCCGCCGCGAGCAGAUGAAGGGCGCCAAGUUCCCGCUGGGCAAGUUCGCCUGGCUCGCCAACAGCAUCGCCCUCGCGGGUUCAGGAGUUCGGCCGCGAUACCGCCUCAUCUCUUACCCUCUUCGCCAUCGUCAACGCCUUCGUUGCCAGUUGCCUGGUGCACCUCUACCUGUACCGUGCCGCAUGGCGCGGAACCCGCCCAUCACCGCGACGCUGCCCGUCGUCGUCUUCUUCCAGCUCAAAAACGUCUACUUCGUCGUCGCGCCGUUCGUGCCGUCCGAGGGCGGUCAGAACAGCCACGACCACCUGCCGUACUGGAUCCACUGCGCUGUCAGUAUUGAUAUCGUCUUUGUCGGCGGUGUUUACUGGUUCGUCUGGGCCGCCGCGCCACCCAGGAUUGCUGAGUAUGAGCUCGGCCGCGAAACCGUCGUCGACCCGAUAGCCGGGCAAGAGAGAACUGCGUUCUUCCAGUAAUAAUAUGAAGACCCAACACUUUAUUGCAUUUAAUUCGAAGCUACAACUUCUGUACCUUCCACCAGCAUUUCUUACUCAAGCGCAAAUAGGAAAUACUAGAAAUAACAAUAAAUAAAGGUUUUAGCAAUAUUUCUCGAAAAAUAAAAGCAUUGUAAAAGAGCGGCCGGGAGUAACAUACCGGGUA